GGGCGAAGAGGACAUUGGUAGAAGAGGAAGUGAUAACGGUUGCAUCCUACUUAGAGGGUUCAGCAGCCCGCUGGCUAAACGGAUUAGUAGCUUCCAAGGGGUUCGGCAGUAACAUGGGAGAUUGAACGCGGACUUAUACCCUGGAGAGCUUUAUGGACUUCGUGGAGGCUCGUUGGCACAACCCUCAGCAGGCACAGACUGUCACUGAUGGGCUCUUAAAGCUUGAUACUAAAAAGUACAAGUCUGUGCGAGAACUCACCAUAGCCGUAGAGCGCCUGAUCGUCGUCCCAGGAGUGGAAUACAAUCCACAGGUCUUGCUGACCAUGUUCCUGAGAUGUCUUCCCACAGACAUUAGGAAUUUAGUAGCCAGCGAGGCUCGACGCGAGUAUCACACUUUUGAGUCAUUCAGCAAGAAGGCCCUCGACUUAGAGGCUACGUUGGGUGGAGCUCAAACCCCUUCUACGGAUGGAAGAAAGAAGAAGACUCCACAAGAGUGGAAGAAGAAAGGUAGUCGAUUGAUGAUGGUUGAUUCCGACGGGAAUCAAACCGAGAUCGAUGAUGUUUCUGAACUUGUGGAAGGUUCAGAGUUUGACGGCGAGGAGAGUGUUGAGGGUAGCAACCUCGCCGCAGUAGUUAAGACUAAGGCAGCAGGUCGCGGCAAGGGCGGUCAGCAAAGGAGUCAGGGGCAGGCCGCCAACCCAAACAAAAUAGCAGUUUGGGUUAGGGCAGGCCUGGAUCAAGAUGUGUGUCUGCACCUUCUCCUACCCAGGAGGAGAGAUAACCAUAAAAUAUCAUUCCUGGUGAGCGACAAGUUGCCCUUUGACAUGUUGUUGGGCAUGUACUACCUCGAGGUUGCCAAGCCCCAGUUUGACUGGGACAAGAAGGUGUUGAAGCACGAGUUGCCUAGUGGGAGAACCGUGAGACUGACCAAGUACAAAGCCAGUAGGUUAGUAGACUCCUAUGGGUGCUUAUGCGCAUCUGCCUUUUACAAUUAUUAUAAACAGAACCAAGAGGAAGGAAUGUACUUAGUCUAUGUCUCUGCAAAAGGGGAGGCCAUUAAAACACCCCCAGAGAUAGAGACCAUCGUCGCCAAGUACCCUGAUCUGUUCGAGGAGCCUACAAGAGUCGUAGACAGGGAGAUUGUCCAUGCCAUCGAGAUCAUCCCAGGUAGUAAAACACCUAAGGGAAGAAUCUAUAGCAUGGCUCCAACCGAGUUGGACGAAAUUCGGCGGCAACUGAAAGAGCUCACAGAGAAGGGUUGGAUUCGGCCUAGCACUUCCCCCUUUGGCUCACCAGUAUUGUUUGUUCCAAAGAAAGGGGGAACACUAAGGAUGUGCAUUGAUUAUAGAGGCCUCAAUGCCAUCACCGUUAAGAACACAGAGCCUCUACCACGCAUCGACGACCUAUUCGAUAGGGUGCAGGGAUGUAAGUACUACACAAAGAUAGACUUAAAAUCCGGCUACCAUCAGAUUGCCAUAAGACUAGAGGACCAGCACAAAACCGCAUUUCAAACCAGGACCGACGAGUGUGAGGCAGCUUUCAAGCGUUUGAAGCAUGCUCUCAUGCACCAUGAGGUUCUCAUGGUACCCCACCCGCAAAGGCCAUUUGUUGUAACCACUGACGCAAGCCAAUAUGGCAUUGGCGCAGUGUUGGCUCAACAGAACGGGAAGAAGUUGAGACCGAUUGAGUACAUGAGCAAAAAGAUGUCAUCAAAGAAGUUGGCAAAGUCCACCUACGAGAGGGAACUCUACGCUCUUUACAAGGCACUUGUCCACUGGAGGCACUAUCCGUUAGGAAGAAUGAUCCCAUCACGUUGGACAUCAUCAACAAACUACAAGCUAAAGACGAAGGCCACCACUGAUGAGUUUGUGAUGGUGGAUGGGUUGCUCUUUCUUGAGAAGGCAGGGUUUAAAAGAUUAGUGGUUCCAUCUCGGGAAGAUUUGCGUAGUUUGUUCUUAGGAGAAUGCCACGACGCAACGGGACAUUUCGGCUAUAAGAAGACUAGUGCUAACUUAGUUCAGCGAUUUCGGUGGCCUAACAUGCUUGACGAUGUGAAGAAGUACGUGGAGACCUGUCAGAUCUGUCAGCGGGACAAGCCGCGAACUCAAGCUCCGCUUGGGUUACUCAAGCCUUUACCCAUUCCUGCUGGCCCAGGACAGAGUAUCUCCAUGGACUAUAUAGAUACUCUCGUGACCAGUAAGAAUGGCAAGAGGCACAUCUUCGUCAUAGUGGAUAGGUUCACUAAGUACGCUAGACUAAUCGCCAUGCCAGAGACUGUCAGGACUAAGCACGUCAUCAAGUUGUUCAUGGACAACUGGGUGCGUGACUUUGGACUUCCAAAGACGAUCGUUGGUGACAGAGAUGUGAGAUUCACAAGCAAGAUGUGGAAGAAGGCCGCUGAACAGAUGGGCAGCUAGCUUCAAAUGACUUCUGGGAAUCAUCCUGAGGCAAAUGGGCAGGCUGAACAGAUGAACCGAGUGGUGCAGCAUCUUUUGAG